GUGGGACAUGGGACAUCACCCUAACCUCAUUUUCUUGUUGUUGCAAAAUUUUGCGCAAUAUGUAAACAAAAAAACCCGUAGAAAUGUUUGCAAAAAUAUUCAAAUUAAAAAUAUUUCUCAGCUUCCUGCUGUGCUUUGUGUGCAUCCUGGGCGACUACCUGACCAAUCGUUCCAAGAGUCGUAGUGUGACAAAAGCUCUCGUGGACAAUACCACACAUGGAUUGGUGGGGCUAAUCUGUGGCUUUAUCCUGGUUGGACCAUUCCGGGAGCGCUUGACAACAUGUGAGGCACACUCAAUGCUUCUUGUGGCCUAUCUCGUAGCUUCGGGUAUUGAUGCUGAUCACUUUCUGGAAGCCAGAUCAUUUAAAUUGACGGAUGCACUGAAUUUACCAAAACGUCCAUUCUUGCACUGCUCAACGAUCCCACUUGUCAUCUUUACUCUUCUACUAAUGACUUUAAAAUUCUCAAAAUCCCUCAUUGCUUGCCUAUGGCUCAGUGUCUUCUUCCUGGCUUUUGCUACGCAUCAUUUGAGGGAUUCCAUUAGACGAGGCCACUGGUUCUAUCCAUUGGGCUCUGUAAAUCCCACUCCAUACCCAAUCUACCUCAUUGGAAGCAUCCUCUUGCCGCACUUCAUGGUCUACCUCAUCUCACGGAGCAUACAUCUCAACCAGUCUCAGCAUGAGGAAUUUACGGUGUAACCACACAGAUUUAUUGCCCAAGUUCGACGCGACAAACAUUUCUUAGUGUAAUAAAUGUUGAUGGCCAAAUGGUAAGCAUGAGGAUGAUGUGCGAUUAAAACACACAGGAAAAAGAUGAUUGAGCUUUGGAGGUGUUUAUAAAUAAAUGUUGGUUGAAUUUGCAAAAUAUUUCUACCUCACCGGGGCACCCAGAAGUGUGUUUUAAUAUAAAUAUUUACACACAUGGAAAUAAUUUUACAAAUAAACCACAUUUGUUCAAUUGCUUCCCACGGGGGAAAAUACUUUUACAUAACUUGAUACAAUUUCCUGCCGAGGGGUUGAGAACUUUUGCAAAAAUCUUGGAUUUAUAUUGAGUAUGACGUAUUAUUUUUCUUUGAGAGAAAUUCAGAUGCAUUUUAAGUGAUAAAAUGUUUAUUUUUGUAAAUAAAUUUUGACGAAAUAAAAUAUUGAAAUUAA